CGAACUAAUUGCUGUAAAUGUUUUACAGAAAGUGUUAUCCAGCACAAAACAUAAUAACAAAGGUCCGCUGUACAUGAUUUUGAAACCAUGGCUGCAAGAUGGACUUCUUUUGAGUAACGGUGCAAAAUGGCAGCAACGCCGAAAGAUUCUGACGCCUGCCUUCCACUUCAACAUCCUGAAGCAGUUCAGCGUGACCCUGGACGAGAACAGCCAGCGAAUGGCCAAGUCUCUGGAGAAACUGGAUGGGAACAAAGUCGAUGUGGUGCCACUCAUCUCGGAGUUCACCCUGAAUUCUAUAUGCG